CUUAGCCUGCAUCCUGCUGUGGAACGGGCAUGUCUGUUCUCUUUGAUUGUUUCACGCUCAUGUCAAAGGUCAUCUUAAAACAUAAUCAAAUAUGGCUGCGCCCAUUGGCAUAUAGCAGCGAAUAUUAUAAAGGUCUACAAGUCUGUCGAUAGUGUUAUUAUAUAUUAUAUUGCUGUGAUUAUUUCACAUGUCUCGAAGGUUAAUCUAUAGUAAACGUGCCUAAUGAUUAACACAGUAUUUUUAGUGAUUUAUUUUUCAAGUACCGGCAAAUGUUGAUUUAUUGUUUAAGCCGAUGGGUUCAUGAUUUGAUGAUACCCAUGUAUCUAACAGUGUCACUACUGAGUAUAUUAUCAAACAGAUUUGUUUUAUGUAUUAGAUGAUGUACAGUCCUAAAACCAUUGUGAUGGCAGAUGAGUGCUUAUUGCUUAUUAUUGGAUAGUUGCUCCAUAGUUUCGUAAGUGUACUCUAUAAUAUUGACUGACACUGCAGUUCUUAUUAUUAUAUUAUGAUUAUGAGUCAUGCUUUCCUUUAUUAAUAUUGUACUCGAUUACUGUAUGAAACUCUUAUAUUUAAUUGAUAAUGUGUAAUAAUCCACUUUCAAUCCGAUGGUUCUUUGCAGUAAAUUUAUACAUUUCUACAAUAUACUGAAUUAUGAUCUCUGAAGACAAUUCACUUGCAAUUCUUGGUACUUUGUAUGUAUUAUGUUUAUGAUUACUGUUUACAUGAUGUAAUUAACUGAUGUUAAUUAGAUAUUGUUGUUUUAUGGGACUGUAAAAGAUUUUAGGGCAGCAGACUGUUUAACAUUAGAAGGAGAGGAAUCUGUGAUCAAAGAUCAGACAAUUAUUGUCAAAAUAAUCAAAACAGAUGAACAUGAAAUAUAUGCUAAUCAACUGAAGGCAACAUGGACACAGCCUACAGGGGAAACCAAAAUCUCUCAAAUUCAGGAAGAUGACAAUGGAGAUUAUUUUGUAACAGAAAAAUGCACAAGUCCAGGAGUUUGUAAACUAGAUGUGAGUGCUGAUGAUGAACCAGUUAACCAAUCACCAAUGACAAUCAAAGUAGAAGAGGGAAGAUUAGUAAAUACUAUUCAAAUAAAUGCAACAAGUAUUAUAGAUAUAGUUACGUGUGAAGAUGACUCCUUACUGGUUUCAUGUUUUACAAAUAAAAUGCUCAAGUACAAGCAAUCAGGAGAAUAUAUCGGUAAGGUUACACUACCACAAGGUGUGAAAGUUUACAGAAUGUACAAAAUGAAGAAUGGUAACAUAGCAUUCAGUGAUUACAAUGAUUAUGCACCUGUCAGAAUAUGCAAUAUGAAUGGUCAGCUGAUUAAAACAAUUAGUGUGGGAGUACAGAAUACACCAUGGAGCAUUCAUGUGGAUGAGACAUCAAAUGUUUUGUAUGCAGGAGCAGCAGCAGUUUGGUACAGUAACUGUGUGCACAUGUUUGACAUGAAUAAUGGCAAGACCAUCAAAACAAUAAGGUCAUAUGGUACAAAAGAAGGUCAAAUGGGUGAUAUCAGUGAUGUUACUCUUACUAAACAAGGACACCUUCUUGUAUUGGACUAUAGCAAAAGUAGAUUACAAUUAUUUAAUAAUGAGGGAAAGUUUAUAAAAGUCCUUGUUGAAGCAGGUGAUGAGGAUGGUAAGGUAAAAUCUCCAAGUGCAGUAGUAGCUGAUGAGGAUGACAACAUUAUUAUAUCAAGUCAACACAAACUACAGCUAUUCAGUAGUGAUGGAACUUUCAUAAAAAGAAUUGAUAAACCAGAAGAUGGAAUCAACAAUCCACAGGGAUUAUCCAUCAUUUCAUAUCAUCCAAGGAGACUUGCAGUAGCAAAUACUAGUGACAAAACAGUCAAAAUAUUCAAUUAUUAAAUAUUGAUAGUCCACAUGCUUCACUUGUGUGUUUUCAACAAUUCAAAUUUAUAAGUGUAGGAAUAUCUACAUAUCCAUUAUUUCAUAUCAUCCACAUAGAGUUAAGUUAUGAAUCUUAAACUUAAAAUAAUUAUUGAAUAAAAUAAUAUCGAAAUAUAAAGUUGGCAUAAUGUUUAUAAACUUGUUAAAAUAUUUCAUUAUUGAAUAUGAUAUACAUAGAGCUGAAAUUGUGGGGUUUUUUUUAAACUGUUAAAAUAUUAAUUAUUCUACAUAAACAAUAUCUAUAGAGUUGAAGUUAUUAAACUGAAAACAUUAAUACUGUAAUCUGCCAACCUCAACUGUUUAUAGUGUAGUUCUCAUCAAAUUUGAAUCACACACUAUUGAUCUUAUGAUGUUAUAUUUUUGUAGUGUAAGUUUAUAAUCAUAUAAUGCAUACACAUGUUACUUUCUUGCAUAUUGAUGUUAAAAAUGUUACUUUUCAAUCUAUUGAGGCUUUUUUGUACAGCCUAUCCAGGGGCGUACGGUGAAAAAUCUAAGGGGGGGUCGAAACGAAAGCGCAGGGGGCAAGCUGAACUCGGAGCAAUUUAGCGAAGCUUUCAGAAUUCGUUGGGUGCGUUAUUUGUGAGUGAAGCAAGCAUA